CUUUCUCUCUCUCUCUCUAUAUAUAUAUAUACAUGUGUAGUGUAUAGCAUGGCACAUAUAUAACAAAAUUACUACUACUCAUCAAUAGAAGAGUAACACUACUGAGGAAGUGAUAUUAGAAAGAGUAGUUGAUAACAUAAUAAGAUGACGUCGAUCGUCGAGAUUUGCGUUCAUAUGGACUGCGCCGGAUGCGAGAGCAAGAUACGGAAGGCGAUUCGGAAGCUCGAAGGAGUGGAUUCUGUGGAGAUAGACAUGGGGCAACAGAAGGUCACGGUCACCGGAUGGAUCGACCAGAAGAAGGUGCUCAAGGCCGUCAGAAAGACCGGGAGGCGGGCGGUGUUUUGGCCGUACCCUUACAUCGGGGAUCAGUUCACGCCGCAACAGUACUAUCAUCGCGAUCACCAUCCAGCUCUAGCUCGAAGCUACGUCGCGAGCCCCUCCUCCUCCUCCUCCUCCUCCUCCUACAACUACUACAACCACGGCUACGACGACGAUUCCCACAUGUAUGGGUACCACAAUUCGCCUGCGCACGCAGGGAUUGUUGGCGAGAGGGCCAGCGAUGUGUUUAGCGAUGAGAACGCGCACGGAUGUUCUAUUAUGUAAUAGAUAUACGAUCACAAGUAGUUUGCGAUGCUUGUUGAACCGUGAUUUUAUAUUUUAGAUUAUGAGAUAUGACAAAUGAACGAUUCGAAUGCACUUUGUAUCUAUGUAAGUAUAUGAAUAUUUUAUUGGGAAUAUAUAUAUAUUUUUUAACUUCACACUC